GAUUUAUUUAUGUUGUCUGUUUCUUGGCCAACUGGGGGUGUCUUCUUGCUUUUGAACCCAUGAUGAUCUUCCUUUUUCUCUUAAAAUCAUAUGAUUUGAUGCCUUUUACCCAAACCCGCUUUACUUUUAUUACUUGCUUUGGUGGGUUUAAUUUCUUGUUUAUAAAACCCCCCAAAAAUUGUAUCUUUUUGGUUUUGGAAGAUUGUCCUUCAGCAUUCAGCAGUUCAUGAACAGGGCUUUAUUUACUGACGUAGAAAAUGGCAUCCACAUCCACGCAAUUUGCUACUUCGAGAAGGAUGGGCAUAUUCGAGCCACUUCACCAUAUCGGAAUGUGGGACGACGACACUACUAAUUUUGGAUGCGAUAUUGUAACCCCAAACACCGCCUCCUCCUCUAUGAUCAAUAGGCUACCCAACAAGACGGAUUACAUUUCGCAGGAGUCGAUAGGACCUUCAUCCGAUAAUGAAGCAGCCAAAAACAUGUCUGAUAAGUUGCAAAGAAGGCUAGCGCAAAACCGUGAAGCUGCACGUAAAAGCCGUUUGAGGAAAAAGGCCUACGUUCAACAAUUGGAAACUGGUCGUUUAAAGUUGGCGCAGUUGGAGCAGGAGCUCGAGAGAGCUCGACAGCAGCGUGUGUACGGUGGUUUACUGAAUACAAGCAAUGGUCUGUUACCUAAUAAUGUCAAUCCAGGUAUCGCUGCAUUUGAGAUGGCAUAUGAUUUGUGGGUUGCCGAGCAACAAAAAAAGGACAAUGAACUUAAAGACGUGUUGCAAAGUCAUGUAAGCGAAUUAGAGCUUCGUAUAUUCGUAGACAGUGGCUUGAACCACUACUAUGAGCUUUUCCAAUUGAAAGCUAAUGCUGCAAAAGCUGAUGUGUUUUAUACGAUGAAUGGGUUGUGGAGAACGCCCCUCGAAAGGUUCUUUCAGUGGCUUGGAGGUCCACGACCAUCAGAGCUCCUAUACAUACUAUUGCCACAACUUGAGCCUUUAUCGGAUGCACAACUGAUGAGCGUCUCGACUCUGAAACACUCUUGUAAACAAGCCGAGGAUGCAUUGAGUCUAGGAAUGGAAAAGCUUCAACAGAACCUUGCUCAGGGUAUCACUAUCGACAUAACUGGAGUUGGAAGUUACAAUGCACAAAUGACUUUAGCUAUGGAGAGGCUUGAAGGAAUCGAGAAUUUCUUGAACCAGGCGGAUCACCUACGACAACAAGUGUUGCAACAAAUGUCUCGAAUCUUAACCGCACAUCAAGCUGCAAGAGGGUUGCUCGCAUUAGGGGAGUACUUUCAACGCCUCCGUGCACUAAAUUCCCUUUGGUCAGCCCGUUUUCGUGAGCCCACCAGCUAAAAGUAUUAGAAUCACUUCAUUUAAUUUGGUGAACCAGUCUUCAUGAGACUUUGAGCUACAACAAACCUCACUUUCGCCACCAAGUCAUCGAAGAAGCUUUGAGCUAGCUUUGAGAUCACCUUUCACAAAGGUUUCCGAUAUUACAAGUAUAUAUGAUUUAUGUGAUCGGAUAUAAUACUCAUUUUACCAAUUUAUAUUGUCC